CAAGAAACAAUAACGUAGAACUAAAAAGAACAAGAAUCUUUUAUUCUUAAUGUGUAUUUGAACAUUAAAUAUGCCUUUCUGAUUUUCAAGUAAAACUUUAUGCAGGACGCUUGUAUAAAAAAAAUUUUUUUUGAAUUUAACGUAUUUAAUAGACAGCAUCCGAAUACGCGUCAAGAGUACUGCUUCAAGCAUAUUUUAUGAGACGAAUAUGAUUUACUAGAUGUUGCAAAUAUUUCAAGAUGCUAUAUAGACCAAUCAUAAUUUUUCUUUAAGCGCUUCGAAGUGUUUGUAGCGGCAAAUGGAUCCUAUCCAACGUUGUGCUGGUCACGUUAUUACAACUGUUUUCGCUCUUGUCAGACGUCUAGUAUGAUAGAGUUAUAGGAAAUUUCGAUAAUAUGACGACCAGGACAUUGCUAUAUCUAGGUGGCACAGCAAAUAAAUGCCUUUUUACAUCUGUACAAUACUGCAGGCUUCAAUUGCAAAUACCACAAUACAGGCAAAUAAGGAACCUGAGAAAAUUGGACAUUUCCAUCAAACAACCAAAAUCUCCUUUUCUAAAUAUUAAUUCUGAGACUGGGAACAUACAGCCUUUAAAACUAUGGAAGCAUCUUGCUUUUGCUGUUACAUUUAGCGGAGUUUCCAUGAUGGGUGCUGCAAUUUGGGAAUAUGAAUAUAUCAGACAAGAAACACAUAAAAUACUCCAUUAUUAUAAAUAUUUACGAAUUCAUCGAACAGGAUGGAGAGGCGAGAUAGAGACAUGGUGGAAUAACUUGACAGAGGGUCAAAGAAUGUUUAUGCCCAUACUUUUUCUAAAUACUAUUGUAUUCUUGGCUUGGCGAGUGCCAGCAUGGCAAAAGGCUAUGGUACGCUAUUUCACUGCCGAUCCCAGCUCCAGGGUAUCAUGCUGGCCUAUGGUACUUUCCAUGUUUUCUCAUCUCAGCAUAUUUCAUCUGGCUGGGAAUAUGUAUGUAUUACACAGCUUCAGCACGAUAGCCGUGUCAUCGUUGGGGAAGGAGCAAUUUCUGGCUGUGUACUUAUCGGGUGGAGUAAUCUCUAGCUUUGUUAGCUACUUAUAUAAAACCGUUACUAGAACAGCAACCAUGUCUUUAGGAGCGUCGGGAGCCAUUAUGGGUGUUCUUGGAUAUAUCUUCACAGAAUUUCCUACCAUACCACUGCACAUAAUUUUUCUUCCUGCAAUCACAUUUACAGCUGGUACGGCAUUCAAAACAUUAAUGGCUGUGGAAGCAACUGGUUGUCUUUUACGAUGGAAAUACUUUGAUCAUGCUGCACAUUUAGGUGGUGCAUUAUUUGGAGUAUUCUGGUGUUAUUGGGGCAGUCAACAUAUUUGGGAAAAACGGAAGUCAUUUCUAACUCUGUGGCAUGAAUUACGGGAACCUCGAAAAACCCAAUGAUAUUUUAUAAUGUAUAUUCUAAAUCUAAUUAUAUUUUCGGCAACAACAUAUUCUUUAUUUGCAGAUUGUAAAAUUUCUAUUUAUUCGUGACGUGAAAAUAUUUUCAGAUUGUAAAAUUUCUAUUCAUUCGUAUAUCACAAGCAGCGUAAAAGUGAAAAAGAAUAUAUUAUAUAUUUUUAUUAUUUAUAGUAUCCAAUUUUAUAUAAUGAAAUAUAAUUUGUUUCUCAACAAAACAAUGAUAUAUGUAGAAAUUGCAUAACAAUUAUUACUUAUGUAACUUAAUUUUUAUUUAAAAACGGUUUGGUUUUUUUAUUUUAAUUUGUUCCUGUAAAAAAUAUGUAAUCUGUUAUUUUGAAAAUCUUUUUUUCUUAAUAAAAGAAUAAUAACAUCAGAUGGA